AUGUCCUCCAUCUACAACCUAGAACCCCAACCGACGGCGUCGGCCAUUAUUCACACGACCCUGGGAGAAAUUCUUGUGGAGCUUUUCGCGAAGCAGACGCCUUUGACAUGCCGAAACUUUCUACAGCUGAGCCUCGACGGGUACUUCGACGGCACCAUCUUCCAUCGACUCAUUCCCGGCUUCAUCCUUCAGGGAGGUGACCCCACAGGUACUGGCAAUGGCGGCGAGUCAAUAUAUGAUGGAGGCGCCUUCAGCGGCGACCUCGACCCGUGGCCGAUGGAUCAACGCCGCGGCAAGAACGCGGGGCCCACGGGUGUCAACUUCAAGGACGAAUUCCACUCGCGGUUAAAAUUCAACCGGCGCGGUCUCCUGGGCAUGGCCAACGAGAGCCGAUCAGAUACCAACGGGAGCCAAUUCUUUUUUACGUUGGGAAAGACCGAGGAGCUGACGAACAAGAACACCUUGUUUGGCAGAGUCGCCGGUGACACCAUAUACAACUUGGCCAAGAUUGGGGAAUCAGAGGUGGAAGAAGGAUCCGAACGGCCAAUGUACGCUGUCAAGAUUGAGCGAAUCGAGAUUCUGGUGAAUCCGUUCGAGGACAUGCAAAAGCGAGCGCGGGUGGCGACACAGACGCGCCCGGCGGCGGCGGCGCCAAAGGACAAGAAAAAGAAGAGGAAGGGUGGCAAGCAGCUACUCAGCUUUGGCGACGACGAGGGUGAGGCUGAGGAGCCGGUAUUCAAGAAGCCCAAGUUCGAUACACGAAUCAUCGUCGAGGAAGAGGAGGCCGACGUUGCUCAAGACGCGAAACCGGCCAAGAAGAAAGACAAGGUUACGGAGAAACCGAGCUUGAUGGCAGCGGCUGGCGCGAGGGACGGCCGAGAUGCGACAGCCAAGGCCGAAGAGAUGGCAAAGGCGGAACGGCGACAAAAACGCGAGGAGCCUUCCCCCGAGAGGUCGCCAUCACCGGAGCGGCCAGAAAAGAGCGCGCUCGAAAAGGCCAACGAGGAGCUGGCUGCGUUGAAAGCCUCCAUGCGGCGCACAACGCAAUCUGGUCCAAUCGAGAAGAAGAGAGAGAGAACGGCAUUGGAGUCCUUGAUCCCAGAGACAUCGAUCCGCGGUCGCAGGAGACGGCCAGGCACUCAGGCGGCAGCCAAUGACGAGGACACGGCGACGCUGACAAUGCUCAAGGCUUUUCGGUUGAAGCUUGAGAGUGCACCGCCAGAAAAGGAGACGGUACAAGACUUGGGUGCUUGGGACGAGUCGGACAAGACGGAAGCGGCGGCGGAUAAGGAAGCAGAGCUCUGCGAUCUACACUUCAUCGCCGACUGCCAAAGCUGCACAGCGUGGGACAAGCAGGGUGAAGAGGAGACGGACGACAAGGGUUGGAUGUCACACGCUCUCUCUUUUGCCGCUGACCGGCUAGGGAAAGACCUGAGCAACCGCAAGAAAGCAGAGGAGGAACUCGUUGUGAUUGACCCUCGAGAAAAGGCACGGACGCUCAAGGAAGACAAACGAGCGGAGCGAGAAGCGCGGGCAGGUGGAUCUGGACGAGCGUGGGACCAGUCGAGAGACCUAGCACGUAACGCGCAGAUGGCUAGAGCCGCAUCGCUGGCGGGGAGAGGCGCCAAGUGA